AUGAUUUUUCGAAUGAGCGCAAGUCGACAACGAAGGUGUCUGUAAAUUCGCAACAUUGAAACCUGCGUGUCAGUUCAGAUGAGCGAGUCCGUGAAAGUGGCCGUAAGAUGUCGGCCAAUGAACCCCAAGGAACGGCAACAGGGAUGCAGGAACGUAGUGUCGAUCGACUUUCCGUCGAAAUGCUGCACUCUGGAGUGUCCAUCAGCGGGCACCGGAAAUGGCAAGGUGUACCAAUUCGACGCUACGUUUGGCCCCGAAGCAACCACAGAAUCCGUCUACGAGAACGUCGGUUCUGUAAUCGUGGAAGCAGUCUUGGACGGCUACAACGGGACAGUCUUUGCCUACGGUCAAACAGGCUGUGGAAAAUCUCACACGAUGAAAGGAUUCAUCGAGCGCACGUUGGACCACAUUUUCGAGGCUACGUCGACGGCUAGCGCGGAAAUGAGAUACCUGGCCUUGCUCAGCUACCUGGAGAUCUACAACGAACGACUAAGAGACCUGCUGCAAGACGGUAUGAGCGAUCUUCUGACGUUAAAAGAGGAUCCGAAUAGAGGAACUUACGUGGCCGGUGGCCUGAGAGAGGUCACGGUGAAAGAUGCUGCGGAGUGUGCUCGAUUGGUCGAGCAAGGUGAUAGAAGGAGAGCUGCUGCAGCUACCAAGAUGAACGCAGCUAGUUCUAGGAGUCACGCGGUGUUAACUCUGUCCUUGGAGACGUUGGCGAUUAACGACGACAGUAAAACUGAGAAUACGGUGAAGAGGGGAAGGCUUCAUUUGGUGGACCUUGCUGGAUCGGAGAGGCAGGCGAGAACUGGAGCGACUGGAGAUCGACUGAAAGAGGCGGCUAGUAUUAAUUUGAGCCUUUCCGCGCUGGGGAAUGUGAUUAGCGCCUUGGCUGCUGGCCAAGGGAGACAUGUGCCAUACAGAGACAGCAAGCUGACCAGGCUGCUAAGGGACAGUUUAGGCGGCAACGCGAGGACCCUGAUGAUAGCUUGCGUAAGUCCAAGCGACGCGGAUGGCGAAGAAACUCUGAGUACCUUGCGAUACGCAGCCAGAGCUCGAUGUAUCAAAAACAAGCCUGUGAUCAACGAGGACCCGAAAGAUGCUCUGCUGAGACAAUACCAACUAGAACUGCAACGUCUGAAGAAGUUGCUCGAGUCGGGUGAUCAAUCGAUCUUAAAAGAACUUUCCGUGAGAGAAGAAAGCGACGACGAGGAAAGCGACAGGCGGACAAAAUACGCCGAAGAGGUUGAAAGACUGAAGAGGGAAUGUGAACACUCGAAUCUAUCGGCUCAGAAGCUUCGAGAGGAGUUAGAGUCUCUGAAGAUUCAACACGAAGCUGGUGCAAUUGGUAACAUAGACGCGAAACCAGUUCCUCAGCAGCCGAUGGACGAGCAGGACUUGGAGCGCGAGGAGAGACGAAGAAAGAAACGAGAGGCGGCCAUGCAAGAGGUACUGAAGAGAUUGGAGAAGCUGACUAUCGGUGGAGAAGAGCAAGGGAACACGGAGUUGAGGAGGAGACGAGACAAGAGGAGGAAGAAACUGGAGGCUCUUGCUUCAGCUUUGGAGGCCAGCGCUCAAGAGGGCAACGGAAGUGUCUUCCAGGUUUACGGCCAGCUUAGGUCGACGGAAGACGCUCUAAAGCGAAUGGCGAAGCGAGUGAAGCAGCUCGAAGCGGAAGCAGCCGAUCUCCAAGCAUCCUGGGACGCGGAGAGACGCGAUCUUCUGCGUAGAGAAUUGCUUACAUCUCAGAUAUGCGACGCGAUGGUCCCUCAUCUUCGACCUGGAUGUCCGUUACGCGAUGUCGUUGCUGCUAGAACUGCAGCAACGUGGUGCGAGGAAUUGAAUCGUUGGAGGUUACCGGAUGUGUCACCGCACAUUCCUCUUCCGCCACCGUCACUGGUGCUCAAAGACAAUACACAGUAUAACAUAAUGCCUUCCAAACCUGAUCUUAACAAUAAUAGCAAUAGCAAAAAUAACGAAGAUGAGAUUGGUAACGAGGCUGAUAACGAAGAAAGCAGCGAGCACGAGGAGACUAAGAAACCGGACAUUGUCGAUACCUAUUUCCGGAGGAGCAGGAUCGAUAAGUUGCUCGCUCACGUUAGAGAAGCGAAAACUUUUGAGCCAGCCAGUCGACUCAGCAAGUCUGGCGGUUCCGAGGACACGAUACCGCUCGGUGGCAAUCAUCUUCAGCUGAACGCUUUAAAUCUGCAAAUCAGUGCUCCUGUGAUCGGCGAUGCGGACAGUUACAGGCCUAGCCAACGUCUACCAACAUCUACCCUUGCUCGACCAGGUUGGAUGUUGGACGAAAGCUCGCUCAACAAAAGUUCCUUCCUUAAUCAAACUGUAAAGAAAAAUCCUCCCCGAAUUCUGGAAGCGUUACCUUCGUACCCGCAGGGUACAAACGGUGCCAUCAAAUUUGGAAGCAAGUCCAUUUCGGAGAGAAUAUCCGACAAGCUAUCGUCAAGGUUCAUUGAGAACGAAGUUACUGACAAUCAUCCCACGUUAGUUGGCCAUGCUCGUUCCCCUACGUAUUGA